GUAAAUGUCUUGGUUUGGGUGGGGAAAGUCAUCUGAUGAUACUUCAUCCAAUUCAUCCGUUGGAACUCCAACCUGCACCCACCACUGACCAAUCACCGUUUUCUACUCCUGUUCUUGCCCUCGAUCAAAUCAAGAGCGCCGGAGUUCCAGUUACGCGGCAAAUGACACCUUAUCUGCAGAUGGAUCCAUCAAUGUUCAUCUCUUCGCAGCCGCAGUAUAUUAUGCCUGAUGGCGGUACAGGUACUUCAGGCAAAGGAAAGUUCGAAUUUGCUUUGGGGCACAUCGGUUGGGCAGUCGGUGGCGGCUUCGCAGUCGGUUCUUUGAGAGGUGCUCUAGGAGAGCUGAUGAAUCCAGAAACUAGGAAAUUAGUAGGAAAACCAUGGUUGACUCGUAUGGUGAAUGCAACAGUCAAGCACGGAUCAGGAUAUGCUCAACCAGCUGGUUUGUCAUGGUUUUAUCAUCUUAGCGUUUUUUAAGA